AAAUAUCCCCAUUUGUACAGUAUAAUUUCCCGCCUCUUCCUUUCCCAUUUCCCGCUCUGAAAACCCUAACCAACCGAAAACAAUGGGGCAAAAGCAACAACCUCCCACCGAUCCGACCGCCGAGCACAAGAAACGAAGGCGCGUAGGCUUCUCCAAUAUCGAUGCUGGAAUCGAGGCCAAAGACUGCAUUAAAAUUUACCUGGUUUCUAGCAAAGAACAAGUGGGUGCUUCUGAAAAUUACUGCAUUGAUCCAGUUGACUUAAAUGGCUUUUUUGAUGAGGACGGGAAAAUAUAUGGUUACCAAGGGUUGAAGAUAACUAUCUGGAUUAGCAGCAUAACAUUUCAUGCUUAUGCUGAUAUUACAUAUCAGAGUAAAUCUGAUGGUGGAAAAGGGAUUACGGAACUCAAAUCUUCUCUUCAGAGAAUUUUUGCUGAGACUCUUGUGGAGAGUAAAGAAGACUUUCUAAAAUCAUUUUCAGUUGAGAGUAAUCUGAUUAGAUCUAUUGUCUCGAGUGGGGAGGUAUUGCAACAUAAAGGCUCUAAUGAACAUUUUCGUGAUUCUGUUACUCAUUAUGGGGCAGAUACUUCAGAUGUGAAGGUUGUUCGCAUGGUGAUAGGCAAUGAAGGUACUGGACACCUUUACAGUCGUUUGAUCCCUCUCGUUCUUCUUCUUGUUGAUGGUAGCAACCCUAUUGAUGUGACUGAUCCUGGGUGGGAGUUAUAUGUACUGGUUCAGGAGAUAAAUGAUGAGCAGGGGGACAUUCAACAUAGAGUUCUGGGUUUUACAGCAGUUUAUCGCUUCUAUCAUUACCCUGAUAAAACACGACUACGGCUCAGUCAGAUAUUGGUUUUGCCUCCUUACCAACACAAGGGUUAUGGUCGUCGCCUUGUUGAGGUGGUCAACAAUGUAGCAAUAUCUGAAGAUGUUUAUGACUUAACUGUUGAAGAACCACUAGAUUACUUCCAACAUGUGCGCACAUGUAUUGAUGUACAGCGUCUGCUUGUUUUUAGUCCAAUCCAAGACGCAAUUAAUUCAGCUGUUUCAAAUCUGAAACAAGGAAAGCUAUCAAAGAAAGCUCAUGUCCCCCGGUUCAUGCCUCCUUCAACUGCAAUCGAGGAUGUUAGGAAAACAUUGAAAAUCAACAGGAAACAGUUUCUUCAGUGUUGGGAGGUCCUAAUUUAUCUAGGCCUUGAUCCUGCUGACAAGUGCAUGGAAGAUUUUGUGACAAUUAUUUCAAAUCGUGUGAAAGCUGAUAUCUUAGGAAAAGAUUCUGGAAAUGGUGGAAAGCAGGUGAUUGAAGUCCCUAGUGAUUAUAGUGCAGAGAUGUCAUUUGUCAUGUUUAGGACGGGGAAUGUGGAAGGUGGUAGUCUUCAGAUGGACGAAAAUCAAACAAAUCAGAGAGAGCAGCUGCAACAAUUGGUGGAUGCAAGGAUCAAGGAGAUACAGUCGAUUGCACAGAAAUUGCGUCCUGUUUGAACUAGUUUGUAAGACAUCCAAGUGGAAAUAGCAUUUUGGAAUAUUGAAUUGUUGAUUCAUCUUCCAAAAGAUGCUAUUGAGAUGCUCUAGGUUAGGUGAUUGAUCUGUGCCUUAUUUCUGAUUUAAGUUUUUGCUAUAGAAUAGCUGCAGAUUACCUUUUCUUUUUUUUUCCCCCUACAAAUCAUAGUAAUCAUCUAACCUUUUGUCA